GCGGCGGACACCGAGUCAAAAUGAGAACGCUGACCUCAACGCUGUGGGUGGUGCUGUCAAUAGCAGCAUCACUUGCUGUACCCAUCAAAGAUGUAGACACCGCUUUGUCCAGAGAGAAGAGGUCCCCAGGAGGUUGGCACUCACCCCCAGAAGGAGUUUGGAAGAAAAAACUCGUCUGGAAAGAGGAGUGGAAACAGAUCUGGAAAACGGACAAAAAACUAAUAUGGAAAACAGAAUGGAAAAAGGAGAAGGUACCAGCAUGGAAAACAGAACAAAUUCCACAGUGGAAAGAGGAAAAAGUUCCAGCUUGGAAAGUAGUGCAGAAACCAAUCUGGAAGGAAGUUCAAGUUCCAAUAUGGAAAGAAGUCCAAGUUCCGGAUUGGAAGAAAGUCUGGAAACCAGUUUGGAAGAGUAUUCAAGUCCCAGUAACGAAAACCAUACAGGUCCCAGAGUGGAAACAGAACUACGUACCAGCUUGGGUUAAGGAAGGCGUACCCGGAGAGAAAUAUUUGGGAAAAGACGAUCACGGAUGGGAAUACACCAGCCAUGAUCUCUGGAGAAAGAAGAUGAUCUGGAAGCCAGUAUGGAAGAAAGUAUGGAAGACCGAGCACAAACAAGAAUGGGUAACUGAAAAGAAACUGGAAUGGAAGGAAGAAUGGAAACAAAUCUGGAGGACCGAAAAGAAACAAGCGUGGGCAACAGAGAAGAAACAAGAGUGGGUAGAGGAAAAAGUACAAAUUUGGAAAACCGUCAAGAAAGAAAUAUGGGUACCUGUACAAAAGAAAAUCUGGGUAGAGAAAUGGAAACAAAUUCAGGUGCCCGUGUGGAAGACCAUCGAGGUCCCAGCUUGGAAGAAGGUAUGGAAACCGGUGUGGCAGAAAGUAUGGGUACCGAUACACCAUGAACACCACGGAUGGGACUAAAGAAGGUACCAACCAUGACACUUUGUAAAUAUAGACAGAUAAUACAUAGUCAUUUUGUUAACUAAUUGUUACCGUCGAUACCAAGAUGUGUUUGUAAAUAUUUUAUUGUAGGAAAUAGAAAGACCUGGGAAUUGAGUGGCAACUGUAUUUGUAACUUCAAAUCACUUAGAUAUAUAGAAUAAACAUUCCACAUAGACCAGUAUUAAAAGGAAUCAGCUGAGUAGAGUUCUACUGUAAAAGAGGAUAUGUUAAGAACCCUUCCGA